CAGCCACAUGUGAGCCAUUCACGGCACAACAUAGAAACAAAACCGAGGGAAGGAAGCGAAGGGCGGUGCCUGGUAGUGGUGGUGCAGCAACAACCGUGGGGCAGGACUUCGCCGGAACCCAGCGCCGCCCGCCGCCGCUCCGCCGCUGCUCCGCCGCCGUCCAUGGGGACCUCCCUUCGUCCCCGCCCGUAGAGCUUCGAGCAUUUUGUCCUCCCCCCUCUCUCUUCCGUUCGUUUCCUUUUUCAUCGUUCGCCAUGACUUGCUUGAGCGACGAGGGCGGCGCGUCUCUGCUCUCGGAGAUGGUCCCGAGGCGGCUGUCGAUCAAAGGCGAGAGCUUGGAGGGGUACCUGGAGUGCCCGCCCGAGAGGGUCUUCCCCGUCUACGCGCGGGGGGUCUGGAGGCCGCCCGAGUCCGAACCCGCCGUCUCCGUCUCGGGCUCCGGCGACCCGAUUUGGGACGCCGUGAGGGAAGAGGCCAAGCUGGAGGCAGAGAAGGAGCCUAUUUUGAGCAGCUUUUUAUAUGCCAGUAUUCUAUCACAUGAAAAUUUGGAGCAGGCAUUGGGGUUUGUUUUGGCCAAUCGGCUCCAAAAUGCCACACUGUUGGCAACACAACUUGUCGACAUAUUUUAUGAUGUUAUAGCGAAUGAUAAAGCCAUUCAAUGUGCAAUCCGCUUGGAUGUGCGGGCAUUCAAAGACAGAGAUCCAGCUUGUAUAUCAUAUAGCUCAGCCCUAUUGUACCUUAAGGGUUACCAUUCCUUGCAAUCAUAUCGAGUAGCACAUGCAUUGUGGAGAAAAGGAAGGAAAGUACUCGCCCUGGCAUUGCAAAGCCGUGUUAGUGAGGUUUUCGGAAUUGACAUACAUCCUGCUGCUAGAAUUGGAGAGGGAAUACUACUGGAUCAUGGGACAGGCUUGGUAAUUGGUGAGACUGCUGUUAUUGGAGACAGAGUUUCCUUGAUGCAGGGCGUGACUCUAGGAGGAACUGGGAAAGAGACCGGUGAUCGUCAUCCAAAGGUGGGUGAAGGUGCACUUAUUGGAGCAAGUGUAACCAUACUUGGAAAUAUUAAAAUUGGGGAGGGUGCAAUGAUUGCAGCUGGUUCCCUGGUAUUGAACGAUAUUCCUUCACAUGGCAUGGUAGCAGGAAUACCGGCGAAGGUGAUUGGUUAUGUAAUUGAGAAAAAUCCAUCAUUGACAAUGAAACACGAUGCAUCCAGAGACUUUUUCGAGCAUGUUGCUGUGAAAUUCAAGGGUGGAAGGUCCACAGGAGUUCAAGAUCCAGGAGGAAACAUCGAAAGCACGUGAUAAAGCUCACAAGCAUCGAUCUUUCUGGUGAAGACACCCGUUGGGCAUUCAUGCUCUAUAGAUUGGAGCGAACAGUAUCGUGUGUAAAUUUAACAUGACAUGGAGAGGUUUAUCUACACUCGAUGAACCUCUAGUCCGUCUGUAAUCCUCUUCUUGAUUGGGUAGUUAACAUGUCAAAUCUUUGCAUGAUGGGCUCCUUACAAAAUCACAAAAAAGGCCUGGCUAGCAGAACCCGAAGAGAAGCCUAUAGGGGAAUUAAGAUGUUCAUGAGCGGGAUUUGAUAGAGAUGGGGUGUCAGAAGUGAGAAAUAUUGGCCCAAAACAAAAGGGGCAAGGACAAAGGGAAAGGUAAAGAACCUUUUCCAAAGGUCACCUGUUGUGCUACACUUGGAGUUGGAACAGAUUGCUAUUCUAUGUAUGUAUGGUUAGGACAGGUCUUUGGUUGUGCAGGAGAGUAUCCGGCAUUUCAGGAGUA